CAUUACCGUUCUUGAAUGCCCCAUGCUCCAACCCGCUGCGAAAUGCGUGGAUCUGGGUGACGAGCUAGAUACUAACUAGCUAUUCCUCUAUCACACGGGCUCAAUCAACUCUGUUCUGUCACUGCUGAUAGUGGCAUAUGUGUAGCGGUUGCUUUUGAACGUUUGUUUGGAGUUUCCUAGCUAGCUAGUUUCAAUUUAACCUUAUUUAGCUAUGAGCUAACGUUAGCUAGGUUGCAAGUUAGCUUGAGUUGGUGCAGUGCAGUUUGGGAAGGAAGAAGCAGAUACGCGACAGUUUAAGGACAAUUGUAAGGCAAGUUUAGUGCAUUUAGCGUUAUUUCGCAGUAACUAUCCUAUCGUUAACGUUACCUGUCUGACACUGACGUGUGAUGGAGGCCCCACCAGUCUCAGUGCUGCCCAUCACGGGUGGCACAAUCAACAUGAUGGAGUACCUGCUGCAAGGCAGCGUCUUGGACCAGGCCCUCGAAAGCCUAUUGCACCGCCUCCGGGGCCUUUGUGACAACAUGGAACCUGAGACAUUCGCCGACCAUGAGCUGGUCUACCUCCUGAAGGGCCAGCAGGGCAACCCAUUCCUGCUACGUGCCCGCCGCUCCCUCUCCCACCCAACAGUUCCCUGGCACCUGCGCUACCUGGGCCAGCCGGAGGUGGGUGACAAGUCCCGCCACGCGCUGGUUCGCAACUGUGUGGAUGUGGCCACCUCGCACAGCCUGCCCGACUUCCUCAACGAAAUGGGCUUCCGCAUGGACCACGAGUUCGUAGCCAAGGGCCACAUUUUCCGUAGAGGCGUGCUCAAAGUGGUGGUGAGUAAACUGUCGCGCAUCCUGGUCCCUGGGAAUACAGAGAACACUGAGCCGCUGUCACUCUCCUACCUGGUGGAGCUCAGUGUGUUGGCCCCCGCGGGCCAGGAUACCAUGUCGGAGGACAUGCGCAGCUUCGCUGAGCAGCUCAAGCCCCUAGUUCACCUGGAGAAGAUUGACCCCAAGAGACACAUGUAAGAAGGGGUGUGUUAAUAUGUUGUAAGUGGCUAUUGGCAGUCAUGGAAAAAGUGGAGUUUUUUUCAAAUGUAUUUUUUGGGACUUAAUUUUGUAUGAUUCCUAUAAGAAAGUGCUUUCCCACAGUCCUUUGUCUCUGUGAAGGAACUCUAUAUCUCACCAUCUGCCAUUAGGAUGUUAGUAGUGUUUGAAAAGGACUUCACAAGAGGAUUGACACAGCCAACAUGGACGAUGUGACAAAUGAGGCUUUGAAUGAGUCAAUAAAUAACAAUAUCUAUUUAGUGCUGAACAUUGGUUUUGUGUGAUGCUGAUAGUGCUUUGUUCUGUGUUGGAUGUUUCCAGAAAUGCACAGCUAUAGUGUUUAUUAAACAUGAUUUUUCUCAA